UCAACAACGCGCAGUCGACAAUAGAUGCCAGUUACACGACACCCAAACAUCAGGCAUGGCAGAUGAAAGCAGCAACGAAUACACGCCUCUUGAUUCAAGCGUGAAGGACAAAGCAACACCAAGUACAAGCCGUGACGGUACCGAGGAUCCUUCAACUACUUUGGGCGCCUACAACACAAUUUCUGACGACGCCUUGCGUGACCAGGGAAACACACAUCCAAGGCCAAUAACCAACGGGACUUGCAACGUCGACAGUGUCACUGACAAUGGCAGCACAAGUUGCAAGAACCGGGGGUCCAUCAGGAGCAUCGAUAAGGCAAUGCCCAGCACAAGUCGCGCUACCAUGCAGGAAGCAUCAGCCAAUUUUCAAGAUGGCGCCACGUAA